AUGCAGAUGGGAAUAGCUGCUCAGAUGCGCAACAACGGUUGGCGUGCCGAUUCCGUCAGCUCAAACGAGGACAGGGAUGCCACUGUGCGACGCAGGAAGAGGCUGUCACCAGAGGAUGCCCUCGUUGCUAUUAAGACGGAAGAAAUCAGAGAGAAGGACCACGCUCCCUCAAAGUCUGUCUUGAAACCGCCUAAGCUCGCGCCUUCUGCUUGGCAGUUGUACUUCACAGAUUGGAUCCAACGUCAUCAGCAGACUAGCACGCGGAAGCUGAAUGUUGCCCAGGCAGCCAAGGAAGCCGGUCAAGAGUACGCAGAGCUCAGCGCGGCAGAGAAGGAGCCUUACAAGCGCAAGUCUGCAGCUCUGAAGCAGGAGCGCGAGCGCCAGAACGCCGAGUAUUUGAAGACGCUCACUCCUGACGAUAUCAAGAAAGAGAACGCCUUCCGUACCGCUCAGCGCAAAGCUGGCAAAUCUCGCAGGAGCAAUCUCAAGGACCCCAACGCGCCAAAGAAGCCUCUCAGCGCGUACUUCAUGUUCCUGCAGCGUAUACGCUCGGAUCCCGCGCUCGUCCGUGAAGUCUUUGGUGAUGAGCAGGAGACGACGAAGCAGAGCGUUCUUGCUGCCGCCAAAUGGCGCGACAUGUCGGACGAUGAGCGGAAGCCUUUCUUGGCUCGGGCCGAACAGGAGAAGCUCGAAUAUGAGGCAGCGCGCAGGCUCUACGAGGAGGGCACUCCUGCCCUUGGCACUAACAUCAACUUCAGCAUCCUACCUUCUCAGUCGACCAACAGCCCUUUCGCCACGUUACGACCGAUCAAGACUGAGUCGUUUGGAUCCUUCACCUGA